UCCCAAUCGGCGUUUGGUGCAUCGCAGAGAAUUUUUUUUGCUAAUUUUCUCUGGAAAUUAUCUUUCCGGUCUCCGAUCUUCAGCAGUUUCUUAAAUAAGCCAAACACCCUCGCUCCAAGGCAACAAACAACAUGGUUCGUACCGGAAUGAUGCGCGGUGGUGGCCGUGGCGGUAUGGGAAUGGGAAUGCGCGGCAUGCGAGGUGCCCCGUUCAUGAACAAGAAAAGCUUCCUCCCGCGACAUCCGUUCGACCUGACGCUGGCGGAGCCGGCUUUCCCGAGGGUAUCGACUGCACCUGAUGACUCCGUUCUGACCACUGCUCUGCUCAAGCGCAGUCAGGAUCUAACGCCUUCCCAGCCGGAACAAACAGCCAUUUCCAACCUGGUUACCAAGGUGCAGGCAGUGCUGGACAACCUGGUCGUUGCCCCCGGCGAUUUCACCAAAUGCCAACUGGACGAGGUUAGGCAGGUGGGUUCCUUCAAGAAGGGAACCAUGAUGGCCGGUCACAAUGUGGCCGAUAUUGUCAUCAUUUUGAAGACGCUUCCCACAAAAGACGCAGCCGAAGUCCUCGGCAAGAAGGUCGAAGAAGACAUCCAAAAGUCGAUGAAGACCGAAGUGGUCCCGAAGGCGGAAGCCAUUGCACUGGAGUACAAUGAAAAGUGCUUCGAGAUUUGGAACUCAUUGGCCCGUGUUCGUUGUUUGAUUGCAACUGUUCCGCAGAAUAUUCGCAAGCUGGAUGCCGAAAAGCAUCUGGAUUUCAAGGUAGUUCAAAGCCACUUGGCUUCCAUCCGGCACGCCCGUUGGUUCGAGGAAAAUGCCCACCAUUCCACCAUCAAAGUAUUGAUCCGCAUCCUUAAGGAUUUAUCCGAGCGGUUCGACGGCUUUGCCCCUUUGAAUCCGUGGAUUUGUGACCUGCUGGCCCACUCGGCCAUUAUGAAUAACCCGAGCCGCCAGGCACUGCCGGUAAACUUGGCCUUCCGGCGAAUAUUUCAACUGUUGGCUUCGGGAUUGUUCGUUCCGGGUUCGGCCGGAAUUACCGAUCCUUGCGAAGUGGGACACAUCCGAGUGCACACCUCCAUGAGUCUGGUCCAGCAGGACGAGUGCUGCAUGGUGGCGCAGACCUUGGUUCGCGUUUUGGCUCACGGUGGGUACAAGCACAUCCUUGGCUUCGUUGAGAAUACCACCGUGGCGAAGGAAAUGUCCGUCUGGGAUGGGGUUGUAGUGUCGCCGAUGGAACCGGCCUACGAGAAACCCGCCGAAAAGAAGGACGGCGAAGAGGAAGAUAUGGAGUGCGUCGAGGAAUCCGCCAUGGAGGAGGAGGAUAACGGUGAGUAGAAAGAAAGAAUGUUCAGCAAUUUCUCAAUCUCCAAAUUGUGUAUGCAUUUUUUCUCUCUUGUGUAAGGUGUAGUUUUAUUCUUAGAAUACGAGCAUUAAGUUAAAU